UUCGUGAGAUAUGACAAAAUGUUGGAAAAACUUAUUUUAGCACAUUGCAGCAAAUAGUGCUAUUCGGUCAAACUCAACCUGCUCAGCACAACGCGCUGAGUUUCAGCUCGAUUGGUUCAAUAGUUCGUGAGAUAUGACAAAAUGUUGGAAAAAAUUUAUUUUUGCACAUUGCAGCAAAUAGUGCUAUUCGGUCAAACGCGACCUGCUGAGCACAACGCGCUGAGUUUCAGCUCGUUUGGUCCAAUAGUUCGUGAGAUAUGACAAAAUGUUGGAAAAAAUUUAUUUUUGCACAAUGCAGCAAAUAGUGCUAUUCGGUCAAACGCGACCUGCUGAGCACAAUGCGCUAAGUUUCAGCUCGAUUGGUCCAAUAGUUCGUGAGAUAUGACAAAAUGUUGGAAAAAAUUUAUUUUUGCACGUUGCAGCAAAUAGUGCUAUUCGGUCAAACGCGACCUGCUGAGCACAACGCGCUGAGUUUCAGUUCGAUUGGUCCAAUAGUUCGUGAGAUAUGACAAAAUGUUGGAAAAAAUUUAUUUUUGCACAUUGCAGCAAAUAGUGCUAUUCGUUCAAACGCGACCUGCUGAGCACAACGCGCUGAGUUUCAGCUCGUUUGAUCCAAUAGUUCGUGAGAUAUGACAAAAUGUUGGAAAAAAUUUAUUUUACACAUUGCAGCAAAUAGUGCUAUUCGGUCAAACGCGACCUGCUGAGCACAACGCGUUGAGUUUCAGUUCGAUUGGUCCAAUAGUUCGUGAGAUAUCACAAAAUGUUGGAAAAAAUUUAUUUUUGCACAUUGCAGCAAAUAGUGCUAUUCGGUCAAACGCGACCUGCUGAGCACAACGCGCUGAAUUUCAGCUCGAUUGGUCCAAUAGUUCGUGAGAUAUGACAAAAUUUUGGAAAAAUUUUUUUUUGCACAUUGCAGCAAAUAGUGCUAUUCGGUCAAACGCGACCUGCUGAGCACAACGCGCUGAGUUUCAGCUCGAUUGGUCCAAUAGUUCGUGAGAUGUGACAAAACGUUGGAAAAAAUUUAUUUUUGCACAUUGCGGCAAAUAGUGCUAUUCGGUCAAAUGCGACCUGGUGAGCACAACCCGCUGAGGUUCAGCUCGUUUGGUCCAAUAGUUCGUGAGAUAUGACAAAAUGUUGGAAAAAAUUUAUUUUUGCACAUUGCAGCAAAUAGUGCUAUUCGGUCAAACGCGACCUGCUGAGCACAACUCGCUGAGUUUCAGCUCGAUUGGUCCAAUAGUUCGUGAGAUAUGACAAAAUGUUGGAAAAAAUUUAUUUUUGCACAUUGCAGCAAAUAGUGCUAUCCGGUCAAACGCGACCUGCUGAGCACAACGCGCUGAGUUUCAGCUCGAUUGGUCCAAUAGUUCGCGAGAUAUGACAAAAUGUUGGAAAAAAUUUAUUUUUGCACAUUGCAGAAAAUAAUGCUAUUCGGUCAAAAGCGACCUGCUGAGCACAACGCGCUGAGUUUCAGCUCGAUUGGUCCAAUAGUUCGUGAGAUAUGACAAAAUGUUGGAAAAAAUUUAUUUUUGCACAUUGCAGCAAAUAGUGCUAUUCGGUCAAACGCGACCUGCUGAGCACAACGCGCUGAGUUUCAGCUCGAUUGGUCCAAUAGUUCGUGAGAUUUGACAAAAUGUGGAAAAAAAUUAUUUUUGCACAUUGCAGCAAAUAGUGCUAUUCGGUCAAACGCGACCUGCUGAGCACAACGCGCUGAGUUUCAGCUCGGUUGGUCCAAUAGUUCGUGAGAUCUGACAAAAUGUUGGAAAAAAUUUAUUUUUGCACAUUGCAGCAAAUAGUGCUAUUCGGUCAAACGCGACCUGCUGAGCACAACGCGCUGAGUUUCAGCUCGAUUGGUCCAAUAGUUCGUGAGAUCUGACAAAAUGUUGGAAAAAAAUUAUUUUUGCACAUUGCAGCAAAUAGUGCUAUUCGGUCAAACGCGACCUGCUGAGCACAACGCGCUGAGUUUCAGCUCGGUUGGUCCAAUAGUUCGUGAGAUCUGACAAAAUGUUGGAAAAAAUUUAUUUUUGCACAUUGCAGCUAUUCGGUGAAACGCGACCUGCUGAGUACAACGCGCUGAGGUUCAGCUCGUUCGGUCCAAUAGUUCGUGAGAUAUGA